AUGCAGCAAAGGUAUCCUGACGGCUUGCCCGUCAACUAUUUACCCUCUUGCAACGAAGCGACUAACCAAAGACGAAACUGCGCAACACAAUCAACGGGCAACUCGACGGAUCUUCCCAGCGUAGACUCUUACUUUAUUCCCUCCCCAGCUGCACAGGUUACUGAAGUGGGCCACCAGGCCCAACAACAAGCCUCGUCCUCAGCUUUGUUCCCUAUGACAAUUAACACGUCGGUCCCGGCGUACCAGAAUCCCCAAAUUCGUUCGGCAAGUUCUUCACCACAAGGUGUUUGGCCUACUCCGCCUUCUACAACCUGUGAAGAAGACAUCGACAAUUACUCUUAUCAAGGCUCGCCUGCGAGCGGCAGUCGCGGUAUUCAGCCUAUCGUGUCCUGCUCGGGACCUUCAUCGAGUGCUAGUCCCAGGAGCUGGUCGCCGCAAGAAGCCCAGCAUAUUAGAAUACAUCAGAUAUUCUUCAAGGAAUCGGACAAUAUGUCCACUUACAACAUGGGAAGUUGCCAUCAGUUGCCGCACGAGGAACAACUUCAUUCCCAGAUGGCGGCCUCUGUGUAUGAGAGCAACAAUUGUUCUUCAGCCAACUUAACUACCAGUGCUAUGUCACAACCCCAGAUGCUAUCCGCUGCUCAUAGUCAUCUGGAGUCUAACCUAGCUGCCGUCACUCAAAGUGAAUCACCCCAGGCGGAGCAAGGCAUGGAAGCAUCGUACACUUCCUAUAGUCAGGAUGAAAGUUCGCAAGAGCCUGGCCAAGGACUUGAGGAAAACGAGCAAGAGUCGGAGAAGGUAGAUGGCCCCUACGCACAAUUAAUCCACCAGGCUUUCAUGAGCCGACGUACGCGCGCAAUGACGCUACAGGAGAUCUAUCAGUGGUUCCGCGAGAAUACGGAUAAAGAAAAGACAGACAAGGGCAACAGGCGAAAUGGGUGGCAGAACAGUAUUCGGCACAAUCUCAGCAUGAACCAGGCAUUUGUCAGACGCGAACGAAAAGCGAGUUCCGAUGACCCUCUAAAUGGGUCAGGAGAGGCAAAAAAGAUAUCACAAUGGGUUCUGGAAGAAUGGGCCGUUGGUGGCGUGCAGAGUACUACGCGCUACCGCAGCAAGGGAACUUCUAAUCGCCACUCAAAAUCUAGAAGCUCUUCACGGACGAAUGCCCAUGCAUCGGCCCGAGCAAUGUCGGGUCGUAAGGGUGGGAAAAAGGCGGCAGCAAGCAAGAGAGCGAUUCUAUGCCGAAAAAAUACGAGCUCUGCAUUCACACCUGAAAACAAUGUUCAAAAUAUUCCGGGGCAGAUGCAGAACGCUGCCUACGAGGGGAUGCAUUAUUCUCUUCCUACCCAUAUUCCUAGCCAUACAAGAGGCGAACCGAUGACACCUCCUGGUCACGGUCACGAGAGAAUGAUACUAGAGUCGAAUGCAAUGCAAUCGAUGGUAUUGCCAGAGGAUAAUGCAAGCCACGAAUUCUCCUUUGGACCUAACGUACCUCAGUACAGCCAGGCGAGUCAUCAUAACAUGUACACACUCAACAACGUGGAAGGGCUAUUCCCAGGUCAUCAAGCAGCCAUCAACGUUCAAGGAAGCCAAGGACUGUCGUCAACGAUGCACUCAGAUUUCCAUCCGUUGUUUGAAGACACAGAGGACAACCGCAGCAAUAGAAUUCCGAUGCAUUAUUUAUACCAACCGGGGCCAGGCAAUCAGUUCCAACAAUAG